CAUUAUUUGGAAGAAAACGUAGCAAGUAUAAUUUUGAAAUUUUGUGUGAAGAGCGCAAUGAUUAAAACGACAUCUUCUGGUUACAACAUGAAUUAAAAUAAUUCUAGCACGGAGUAUAUAGUCAACGUAGUCUGCAAAGUCUAGUCUGGAUUUUAUCUGGGACGAAUCGUCCAAUGAACUCUAUAGGGUGUCUUCAGACUUCGCGUACCAUAUUAAAGAAUUUUACAAUUGCAAAGCUGCUUUUUCUGCUGAACGCAGCCAAUUUCGAUACGAAAAUGUCGAGAGCGUUUUGAAAGAGAGAAGCUAAAGAGAUUCAUUAUAGUAUAAAGUUUAUCGGAAUUUUUUUACGUGCAUCAAACGAUUGACCAAUCAUUUCCGACCUAAAGAACGCAUUGUGAUUGGCAACGCGCGAUGAACUUAAAACACCCUGUAUUUACAGCCCUCUUCAAAUUCACCAUCAAUGUUUACACGAAAGUUUGAAUCACUAUUUGUUGUGGUCGAAGCGGCUCAAGCGGCUCCGAAACAGCGUGACGAGUGUUGAUGGUGAUCGCGAUCGACGCAAUUCGCACGAGAGGAUGUUGUCGACUCCAAAAACAAAAGGUGGCCUAUUCUUGGCUUCAUCUCUCUGCGACGGACUCGAGGACAAUAACAUAAGGCAAGUAGCAACCCUUCUGUUAAAUAAAGAUGCGGAUCCUAAUGUUUUGAUUCCGACACACGGAGUUACUCCGUUUCACUUGGUUAUCGGCAACGAUUCGGAGGAAUUCGCAGAAGAGGUGACCAAACUGUUUCUACGUCACGGUGGCAAUCCCAAUGUGAGAUCGAAUGAAGGAAUGACUCCAGUUCAUGUGGCUGCAGCUUGGGGCAGAAUAAACAUAUUACAGCUGCUAUUGGCAAAUGGUGGUGAUCCGUUGUACUUGGACAAUGACGGACAUAGUCCGUUUCAUUAUGCCUUUGAAGGCAAGUAUUUUAAAGCUGUGACAAUGCUUGCAAAUCAUUGUGAGAAUGCUCAAGAUGAGGAUGACAAACCAAAGUAUAACAUGGUACUUGACAAAGUUUUAGUUACUAAUGGGGAUAUAGUUGCUGAGUAUGUUGCAUCAAAAGAUACAAUAUUAGAUACAGAUAAUGCAAUACAGAAAAGUAUACUUAUGGAUUCUUCCAAUUACAAGUCAAACUCUUCCUCGAUGAUUGUAGACUCGAGUCUAUCAAAUGUUUGUGUUAUUGAAAGUGAAUACAAACAACCAAAUCAUUUUAAUGAACAUACCUCUAAAAUGGAUCACAUGCCGAUCGCUCGAAUGCAGAAUCUUUUGCGAACCGAUAAGAAUGAACUGUCAAAUUACUCGUUUGUCGAUCUCGAUUUUGAUUUUGCGAACCUACAUCUUUCCAACGUCAUGCAAAAGGAAAAGUGCCUCGUCAGUCAAAUCAUUAAUCAUCUUUCGUCAUCGUUAACGAGUAACUGCACUAAUUAUGAUACAUUACAUAAUUACAAAAGAAACAAACAAGAGGAAAGUAGUAUUGCAACAAGCAAUUCUGAUACGUCAUUCUAUCAGAUGAAAGGUACACGUUAUAAAUAUAAAUAUAAAAAGUCAAGAUAUUCCUUAUGUAAGAUAAAAAAUAAUCUUAAUAAAAAUAUCUUAAAAUUGAGAACUCCAAAUAUGAGAAGACAAUAUAAAUAUAAUGUACAAAGCGCUUCCAAGAGGAAUUACAAGGAAAUUUCUGACAAAAUCUCUUUAUCACCAACUCAUAUGCUGGAUAAUUCUAUCAUUAGUAUGUCACCAAACUUCAAUACACCUACUCACAGAAAGAAAAGAAAUGCUUCCAAGAUGCCAUUAACACCAUCGCAUAUUUGCAAUGAUUCUAUCAUUAGUAAGUCACCUAAUUUUACCCCAGUUUGCAUGAAAAAGAAAAAUUUAACAAAGACGUCUUCUGUAGAUUACCAUUCUUUAAGAAUAUUCAGGAGUUCUCCCAAAUAUAAAACUCAAAUGCAGCAAUACCCUGAAUUCAAUUGGUAUAAAAAGCAUGUCGCUCAAUCGACACCAAGAAGAAAGAAACGAUCGAUAUACAAGUUUCAUUCCGGCAGAAAAAGAUUUGAUCCUUAUCGGUAUGAAAGUGAUGUCACGUCCGAUGAAUUUACUUCCAAUAAUAUAUUAAAGCCAGUUGAUCUGGAUAAAACAAUCCUUUUCGAAACAGUUGAAGAGACAACUUGCUAUGAUAUUCUAGAUACGAGUAGUGACCUUUCGUCAUCAAGUUUUAAAAAAUCUUCGAAGAUGAAACGACAAAAUCAAUGUAAUAACCAUUUGGCAGUAAAGCUGGAUGGAGGAAAAUAUGAUGAGGUUGAUAUAGAUAAUAAUAGUGAUGUAAAUUUUUCAGAUGCAAAUAGAAGUUUCCAUCAAAUUGAGAAAGAAAAUGGAUGUGAUAACAAAUUUAGCAAUAAUAAAUGUACGAAAUCUGAAAAUAACGAAAUAAAUACUGAAUUUAUAACAAUUAGAAAAAAUAUGUCUAACAUUAAAGCACUGGAAAAGUCAAUAGACACUAAUGAUAUAAAAUCAACAAAUACAACUGAGUCGGAAUCAUUGCAUAAAGAAAAUUUUGUAGAUUGUGAUACUAAGAAAUUAUUGAAUGAAGAUUUAAAUAUGAAUAUAAGUAAGACUUGUAAUUUACAUGCAAAAAAUUGGUACAGUGAUAGAUUUCACAUAUCUCCAUUGCAUAAAUCUAUAGAAAGUGAUUUACUGUCUGCUGCAAAUUUACCAUGGAAGAAACAAAUUUAUUUAUUGGAUUCUCAAAGAUUAUGUUCCUCAAGAAAUACUGAUUCCAAGAACGUAGAAGGUUUGCUGAAAGCAAAAGACUUAGACAUGUAUAAAGUUGAAGAUAACUCGUCUCUCCUAUCAUAUGUCAGUGCUCAAGAAUAUAAAUAUGAAGAUCCAGAAGAAGGUGUAGUUUUGUUAGAACGGCGACUUUGUGUUACGCCAUUUACUACUCCCAAUAGAAGUGAAUGUGAUGUUAGAAGUCAAAUGUCUGGUGUUUCAAGUACAUCCAUGUCUCAAACUUUACCAGAGGAAAUACUAUUUAUUGACGAUGUUGCUCUUAGACGAGAGCUUAGACAGCUCGGCGAUCAGCCUGGUCCAAUCACUAAUACAACUAGGCAACUUUAUCAGAAACGUCUUUUGCGUUUAAGAAAUAUAAAAAAUGUUAACUCUUCAUUAGUCAAAUCACAUCUGCAGAAUACUACCAUCACUCCAAGAAAUCAGAUCUCAGAAGCAAGCAACAAAAUCAAACCUCAUUUAGAGUUUGGAGAUUGGUUAAACGAUCUAGAUACCUACAAAAGUUUGGAAAAGCAAAUAUUUCAAGAAUUUACAUCACUAGAUCCGUCUCGGAGAUGGCGCGAAGGCACAACAAAAGCAUCUUUCACCUAUUUACUAUUAGAUCCGCGUAUAACGAAGGAUCUGCCAAGUCGUAGUAUUCGCCUUACAAAAUCAGAAGUUUGGUCAAUCUUUCUUAAUGCUAUAUUUUACGUUGGCAAAGGCAAACGUUCCAGACCUUUCGCCCAUCUUUACGAUGCUUUCAAGACAUGGGUGGAUGGUACAAAUAGAAAAACCAGUACAAAUAGAAAAAUCAACUGCAUUCUUAAUGUAUGGAACAACGAUCAUGGGGUGAUUUGUUUGCAUGUCUUUCAAAAUAUUAUUCCAGUAGAGGCUUAUACGAGAGAAGCUGCUAUGAUAGAUGCAAUAGGAAAGGAACAUUUGGCAAACUGCAAAGGUGGACAAUACUAUGGCAUUGCAGCAACGUGGAGCUUGCAACAAAAACAGGAAUUUGGUAGAUACUUAUUAUACAAAGCUUUACAAAUUUUUCUGCAGGAGGGAGAAAGUCAGCUUUUCCCUUACAAUUUGUAAUGCAGAGUAAGAUAAAUGUAAUAUAACAAAUCAGUUUUUAUAUUGUGCCAGACUUUAUGUAGACAGUAUAAUUAUAUUGUAUCAAUUUUUUUAAGUAUAAAUAACAAAAUGACGAUUAUAAUGCGUUUCUACUUAAAUUAAUUAAAAGCUCGCAUAAUAUAUAACUGUGCAAUUUAAUGAAAUAAAUAUAUAUGAAAAAUAUUUUUAAGAGAAGCUUAACGAAGAAUGUUUAUUGCUUUAAGUUAAGAAAAAGAAAAUUAGUUUAUAAAAAAGGUCAUAUUAUGUAUAAUGUAAUUAAUGAAUUGCUGAUAUUUAAUUUAUAUAAGUGUAAAAUUAUAAUAUUGUAUGUUGCAUAUUAAUUUUUUGAUGGGCAGAUAACAAAAUGUCACAAUUAUAGUAUUUGUCUACUAAAUUAGUUAAUAAAAUAUACAAUUGUGUGCAAUUUGAUAAAAUAAAUGUACAUGUAAAAUAUUUUAAGAGAAGCUUGUCAAAGAAUGUUCAUUGCUUUGAAUUAAGAAAAAGAAAAUUAAAUAGAUCAUGUUAAAAUUAUUGUAUAUGGAACGUGACUAAUAAAAUAAUUGAUAUUAUAUUCCUUUAAUUUGUAACAAAAAAUAUAAAUGUGGAAUUGUAUUUAAAAAAAAAAAUGGACACACUAAGUAUGUAAGCAGUUAAUUUAUAUAGACAAAUAUAAUAAUAAUCUUUGUAUAUUUAUUAAUUAUACGUUUUGCAAAGUAUAA